UCAGCACAAGGCUAAUGGGUGAGCCAGUGGUGAACCCGGGUCAUUCUUCACAGCUGUGGGACCAAGAAGCUAAAAGUGUUGGCCAGACAUCAUCCAAUCAAUCUGUUACUGCCGUUGGCCACCACCACCACCACCACGCUAGUGCGACCCACUCCCCUAGUUCCUUCACCACAGUCUCACACCUCUGCCAUAACCAGGUCGUUGAGGUUGGGUGCAGCAGAGAGACUGGAACACAGCAGUGUAAUUCUGAGGCAGUGAAGUUAGACCGUGGAGACUCCAGCAAUACUGAGGGGGCUUUCUUCCCCAGCCUCCCUCCUCAACACCCACAGGCUAUGGAUGACGUUUCUCCUCCAUCCGGCAGUGGAGCGUAUUACAAUGGUCCACAGCCCUAUGUACCAGGGGAUGGUUAUUAUGAAAUACUAGGUGGUUUGGGGGGUGCCACUCCUCCCCAGUAUGCCACAGCUGGUACUGGCUCAGCAUUACCUGCAGGCCCACCCACUCCAUCCAAAGUUGAAACAAAUGCUUAUGUUGACACCACUCACACGCCUUUGACUUAUGGGGAAGCACCACCUGCCAUGGACUUCAGUAGCAAUCCUGCAGGCCUAAACUUUAGUGGUGCAACAGCAGGAACCUAUGGCACUGCUUCAGAUUAUUCUGACAGCCAGGAUUAUUCUCAAGCUGCAGCCAAUCCACUCAGUCUACUUAGUGAUGUAGCAUUAGGAGGAGAUGCAAGCAGUAGCAGUGGCAGCCAUAGUGGAAGUCUUGGAACUGGGAGCAGCAGCAGCAGUAGUAGCAGCAGCAGUAGCAGCAGUAGUAGUAGCAGCAGUUCAAGCUCUGGUUCUUCCUCUGGAGGUAAUAGUAGUUGUGAGGGUGGAGACGGUGAAGUUCGAAGAAAGCGAGUCCACAGUGCUGGUGCAGAAGGAAGUCGGGGAAAGACUCAGAGAGGCAGGAUGGAACCACGACGAGGAGGUUGGGUCAGUGCUCACACACUCCAACAUGAUGAUGAUAGUGAGGAUGAAGAUGGAGAAAUGUCCUCUAGUGGUGCCAGAGGAGGACGGCAUAACAAGAUAGAUGAUGGACCAAGUGCACCAGAUUUACAACUAGAUUGGGUUUCGUCUUCUGAUUCUGAUUCUGACACUGAUUCAUGUAUAGAGGUAGUGAGUGUACAACGAGGGGCCAGAGGCAGUCGUGCAGUAGAUGUGGUGGAUCUGACAAAUGAAAGUGAUGAUGAGGUUUUGGUUGCUAGUGCAGGCCCAACCCUUCCAUCAAGUGCAGCCUCACAUCAGGCCCCCACUUCUUCAUGUGCUGUGGCUUCUUCUAGUGGCUAUGGAAUGUCACCCAUUGUAGGACGAUUACCAGUAAGCACCAAUGCAGCCAGCACAGGAACAACAAGUGGACCUGGAGUGUGUAGAGGCCACCACAAUACAGAUGCAAAUCAAGCUACCAACACCUGCUCUUGUGCUCGCGGACCAACAUUAGGGUCUAUAGGACUUAGUGCCAGCGGUGCAGCAAGCUUUACAGUAGAUCACCAUGGCAGCUGCUAUGGGGCCUGUGUAUACCCUCAUCACUCUCCCCAUCACCACCAUCACCACCACCAUCACAGUCUGCCUCCUGGUCAGAGUCACCACCAUCACCAUCACCACUAUUAUCCUCCAGACUCUCCAAUGUAUUAUUCUGCUCUACCAGCCCAUCCUUUGUUCCCACCCUAUCCACCAACCAGUUUAGCUUCAACAGCUAAUUAUCCAACCCACCCAUCUCUAUCAAGAUUAAAUCCAAUGCAUCAAAGGAUAUGGCACAGUCAACAGCGAUAUCAAGAAAUGCAACGACGUCGCAUGGACCCACGUUUAAGAGAUACCCUUGUCCAACCAGGAGGCUUAUUACCUGAAAUGGUCCAGCAUACUCAUGCAGGGGCCACGGCUACCACACUAGCACCCCAUAGCACAGCUCACCAAGCCACCUCUUCCCAGCCAUCAACUACCUCGGCCAGUAGUGAGCAACAGGCUCCUCCCCAGACAAGUUCCCCCUCUGUUCCUCAGCCCAUGGAAAUCCAGGCAGCGCCAAAUGCUGGCCACAAUCCUACCCACAUCCCACCACCUCAUCUCCACCAUCACCCUGGAUUGGAUGUGCUUAUGCACAGUGCACAGACACAUGGAGAGGGUGGUGGACUACUCAACCACAUAUAUGGAGGUACAGUGCCUCCAGCCCACAUGUCUAUGCCAGCAGCAGCAGCAGCAGCAGCUGCUGCAGCUGCUGCUGCGUCAGUAGAUCCAAGACACUUGCCAAUGCCCGGACUACAUAUCAACUAUGGGGGUGGAUCACAGCUGCCCCUGGACCUCUCUUUACCUCCAACUCUUACACCUGAACUACCACCACCACCAAGACUUACAUACAUACCUCAAGUUCCUUUCCAGCUGCCACUCUUCAACCGAGGGUCAGCUUUCCCCCGGCUGGAGGAUUACAUGAGAGUGGUAGAUCAUCGGCGCAUCCCUGUUGUGACACGCGGAGCAACGCAAAAUACUAUAGAGCGAAAUACCUUCCCUCACAAAUAUAAGAAGAUGAAACGAUCUGAUGUGAGUGAUGAUGGACUGGAGAAGUGCACCAUCUGUCUCUCUGAGUUCGAAGAAGAAGAGGACGUUCGGCGGCUACCCUGCAUGCAUUUGUUCCAUAUAGAGUGUGUUGAUCAGUGGCUGGCAACCAAUAAGAGAUGCCCCAUUUGCAGGGUGGACAUAGAAGCUCAUCUUACCAAGGACUACACAGCAACGUCCUCCUGAGGUCAAGGCUCUAGUAAGGGUGGAAUAUCUUGAAAUCACAUCUUUGGAAGGGCGGUCAGUUUUGGUCUAAAAAGGAAAGAAAAUUACAAACAAGGCUGUUGUCUUUUGUGAAGAUGAUAUGACCAAGCCCCAAAGUAAGCGAGUUAUGGUUCCUACUUAAAAAAAGGAGUUGUUAGGCUUAAGUAAAAUUCCACUUUUAAUAUAACAUUAUCAGUAGGGGAAGAAUUCCUACUUACUAGAGAGCUGAAAAAAUAUUUAAAAAUUAUGUGUAAACCCCUACAUACCUUCAAGAGCAGUGCUCUGGGGAGAAUCAUGAUAAUCUGAAAAUUAUGAUACAAGACAUUGCAACCUCACCCAGGUGUUGGCCUCUGUGUUGUGUAAAGUAAGUUUCAACUAGACCUCCAGGUAGUGGCCAGCUUCAGGGACUUCACUCUAUCAGUGUCACUACCAUUGAGAGGAUCCUAGGCAUUUGGCAGAGCAGAGUUGUGGUAUACUUUGUAAUAGAUUACAUUGUAAUUUAUAGAUUUAAUCUUAUCCUCCUAUUAUUGUAUCAUAUAAAUAUAUAUAUAUAUAUAUAUUUACCAAUAUAUAUAUUACAAGCAGUGAGUCUCACUGUCUGAACCAACAACAUAUCUUCCAGUUUGUUGCACUCUCGAGCCAAUGCUUGAUGUAUCAAAGUUGUUAAUAAGUUGGCCAAAGUAGUUGGUAGAACUGCCCAGGUGUUUAGUGGAGGAUAAACCUAUGAAGUAAUUGUAUAUGGCAAGUUGUGCAAUAAGAGGGAAGUGAGGUGUGUCUCAAGUAAUUCAUGCCACUGGGGAUGAGCUAAGGUGUAAACCUUUAAAAAAGUAAUAGAUUAUUUUACAAUGACCUAUAUGUAUAGAGCCAUGGACAUUGUAAAAGUAAAUGUACUCUAGCCAAAACUUAUCUGAAACGGGUGUAUUGUUAUCAAGAAGAGUGUAAGGGCAAGAAGAACUCUGGCAGUAUUUUCUGCACUGGUGUUGGAGCCAAAAUAAGAUGACUGAAGAAGUAGGGCAGGUGAUUCUCUUGUGUAGAAGUACACACCUUUAAACUACUAUUCAGAGGUCUGAAAUUGCAGGCCAUAGGUGAUGCAUGUUCAAUAUUUUGGAUACUGCAUUUAUUUUAUUUUCUAUUUCAAGGUGUUUCUUUAUAAAGCCAACUGUGACAAAGAAUGGCAACACAUUGAUAUGAACAUCACCUAAGGUCAUAAGAUUUUAUGGCCCAGGCAAGUUAGUGCUUUAUAGUGAAGUUCUUUCUUUUCUUUUAUUUUUCUGUUUUUCAAACCUGUAUCCUAGGGCUUGGGAAGAAACCCUUACAGUCGCCCACACACUCAGGUAUUGUGCAGAAAGUGUCACUUGUGCUGCAGAUGUAUACCACCGAUGUACAUGUGUUUGCCGCCGCAGGCACUUGGUGCACAUCUGAGAGUGACUGCAGAGUUCUUGUGUAUUUAUGACGGGCUGGUUGAAUGUGAUACUUUUAGCAUAGUUUGUAAUAGUUUGCACGUGGUACACAGUUUAUUUUAUAAUCUUGUGAUUGUAAUAUUUUUUUCUUUUCUUGAACAUGGUGAAGGUUAAAGACUUCUCAUGACUAUACAUACUACAUACAAACUUCUUCAUUUAUCUUUUGUAUGCAAGUGUUAUAUCUUUUACACA